AACGAGAUACCAAGUCCCUGACAGUACGAGGGACCCCCAGUAAAUCCAAGUCUACCUUCCAAUGUGCUCUUCCUGAAGAUAAUUUGGACAAAUUCAUAGAAGCAUACAACAACAAAACCAAUGAGACCCUAAAGCCUGUUGUGUCGAAAAAACCCGCAGCCAAAAGUGGCUAUGAACUCAAUAAGACAUUCCGGUGUCACCACAAUACAAGGUAUAAUGGAACAGAAAACCCGGUCCGUGUACUGAGCGAAAAACCAGCAAAGAGGUUCAAGAACAUAUGCUGCCCCCUCAAAAUGACAGUAAAGAAACUUACACAGGACGAAAAGAGUACCUUUAAUGUGCUAUUAAAGUAG